AACCUUAUGACGACUGGAUUAUACCCUGGACACUGGCUCCGCUUCGUCUAAACCACCCCCAAGCACAGUCUCCAGCAUGGUAUAUCCGCGUGCCGACAUAUCCAGCGUUUCCCGGGUUAAUAGGCCCUGCAAAGGUUCCGUCACACCAUGUUGGGGACCUCCACAUUGGUAACUGGACCUAUUCUCCACGCCCAUCCUUGAUCCUCGGCCCUUUGGUGAUGUUCUUGCUCAAGGACUGUUAGUGUCGUGGGUCGUUGAGCUCGGAAGAUGGGACACGUUCCAAUGAGCUUGACUAUCAGUUCUCGGCCUGUUGCUGAUCCUACCAAUGUGACCUUUUGGAACUUGCCGUUCCCACACUCCAAGAGACCGAUGGAGUCGAAUGUCCGUUCGUUCGUCAUCUCAAAGUUGAGUUUGGGGUAGAUCUCGUACCCAAGUACGAACAAUGGGGAUAUAAAGUUAUGUCCGGGACCCUAUUGCAAUACUCAGACGAGAUGUCUUCGGGCACUCCUCCCUCCCAUGGGGCAACUACCCCUACGCAGUACACCGAUAAGGAGGAAGGCCACUAUCAUUGCAAUCAUCCCAAUCAUUACUAUGAAGAACGAAAUAGGAACGUUCAGAAGCCCCACCAGUCCAUGGUGUCGCAGGUGUACAACCCUUCGUUCUUCAAGGUUGCCAAUCCUGGUCCUUUGGGUUUGAUCAGUUUCGCUUUGACUACCUUUGUCCUCGGCCUCUACCAGUGCGGUGCUGGUCUCCCUGGAUCAAACCCCUUCGGCGGCGUCGGUCCUGACCAAGCCAUCUUUGGUCUGGCUGUCUUCUUCGGUGGCAUUGCUCAACUUUUUGCCGGCCUUAUGGAGUUCCGCGUCGGUAAUACCUUUGGUACUACCGUCCAUUGUUCCUACGGUGCCUUCUGGCUUGCUUUUGCCAUGUUCUUCGUUCCUGAUCUGGGUAUCAAGGACGCAUACAAGGGCGAUGACCGCGCUUACAGCUUUGCAUUGGGCAUCUUCCUGAUUCUGUGGUGCUUCCUCACUCUUAUAUUCUUUGUGGCCGCUCUCAAGACGAACAUUGCCAUUCUCAUUGUUCUCGGUUUCUUGUUCCUCGCUUUCCUCUUCCUCAGCUUGGCUCAGUUUCUGCAGACCACUCACCCUACUGCUGCUAUUCGAAUCAACAAGACUGGAGGCGCAUUCUCAUGCAUCUGUGCCUUCGCAGCUUUCUAUGCAGGUGCGGCUGGUAUUAUGACUGAGGAUACGACAUGGGUUCGCUUCCCUCUUGGCGAAAUCGAUGUCCAGCCCAAGAAGACAAACAUUGCUUAAGCACAUGUGCUUCUAAUGUUAGGGUGGAAAGCAAAUGUCGGUAGGCUGCAACGUUGUUUCAUAAUGCAUCGUGGAAUAAGAAUGAAUAAGUAUGUUUAAUACCCGAACAAUAUGAGGAUAAUAUGGAGACGAAUAAGACAUGAUAUCAGAAAAGACAACAUUCUAAAAUUGAUGACGUCAGGUUUCACUUGCCUGAGACAAGCGUCACAUACAGACUACAGGUCUUUGUUUUCAGUUGUGGUAUGGUCACAUAGUAAAAAGCCAACCUGACUUGGUCAUAGUUGUGAUGA